AUGGUAACAGAAUCACUGCCUGAGCAAACCUGGCCUCCCGUGGUAAGCUGGACGGAACCUUGUAACGAACCAGAGUGUUUGGCGGAAGCUCCGCUGGAGCCAUCUAUGAAGAUCCCACUAAAAGCGUCAAGUGAACUGUUGAUGGACGACCCGAGAGAACCUUUGAUGGAAACGAGCCCUGAGGUCCCACUGGGACCUCCAGCGGAAGUGUCCACGGAACCCCUGGUAGAAGUCUCGAGGAAACCUUUCGUGGAGGCAGAGCUUGAGCCUCGGAUGGGCGUUCGCUGCCAACCAUUGACGGAAGCCUUGAAACCAUUGCUUUUGACUUUGACGGAUACGUGGCCCGAACCUUCGGUGGCGGUCUCGACCCAACCUUUGGUGGUGACCAGGCCGGAGCUUUUGGUGGAACCUGGGCCAAGACGCGGAGUAGAAGACAGGCCAGAGCCAACAGCCUCGCGGGAACCGUGGGUAAUGCCUGAGAGGGAAGCCCGCCCUGAGCUUGUGACAAAGGCUUCACGAGAACCAUUGAUGGAGGCUUCACGAGAACUGUUGGUGAGGGCCCCGGAAGCUUGCCCUCCACCAUCGGUAGAAGCCUGGGCUGGGCACGACUUAGUCGCUCACGUGUUGAAGGAGUGCUUGGAGGAGGAGAAGACGCGGAAACCGUCGCUUACUGGACGCGAGGAAAGGCGUAUUGUGAGCCUGGCUGGGGACGCUAUCCUGAAAGGGCUAGCGAAAGUAAGAAACGACGUGCCGAUUUCCAACCUGUCGAUUUCUGAUUUCGAGUGCUUUUCAUGGAAAUGGCUGAAAUUAGCAUUGCUAAUGCGGGCAAACGGUCAGCAAGAACCGACUGGUACCUUCACUGACUUGAUUACACAGUUGGAAGAAUUUGUUUCAAGGCCGAUUGGGUUAAGUGAUACCUGGUUUCUGGCUGGUGUCUUGCAGAGAUUCCUUGGGCAUGGAUGUUUGUCUCGAUGGUUACCACGUGGUUUAGCAUCGAACUGUGACUGGGGUUGUCGGAGGCUGAUUUUUCGCGUCUCCUUCCCAAAUGAUGUUCUUCGUUUGCCUGAGACUGAGGAUUGUAUAAAACGUGUUUGCGCUAUCUCAAAGCUAGAUUGGUGGUUACGACAAGCAAAGCGAAAUAUUCGUAUUGAUGAAGAAACAUGGACCAGUUUCGAAAGGCCAGCGGAACUUUCCAGAAUUCAACGUAAUUUGGGCAAGCGGACAUUUGACGCCGCUAUCGAGACAAUGCGGGUUCUAAUCCAGCCUCCGUCUUACUUAUCAAAUCUACAGUACAUUGCUUGCUUACUCAAGUAUAUUGAGAUUAGUCCGCCGAAGAUACGUUGGGCCCGUCGUUCUGAAACCUCCCGUAGUUCUCUGCCCUCUUCGUCGAGUUCCGUUCCGCCAGAAGCCGUUCCACCGGAAUCCGUUCCGCCAGAAGCCGUUCCGCCAGAAACCGUUCCGCCAGAAGCCGUUCCGCCAGAAACCGUUCCGCCAGAAGCCGUUCCUUCAAGUUCCGUCGCAAGUUCAUCACAGUCUUUGGUUGACCCCCGUAGUUGGGUUAAUACCAAUAGUUCAAUUGAUCCUAACAAGUCGGUUGAUCGCGACAGGUCGAUUUCUGCAGAGAUGGCGACCUUUAUGGCCCUUACCCUUAACGAAUGCGCGGAGAGAGAGAGAACCGAGAAUUCAGUGCUGACUGAAGCGGAGAAAGGGAGUGUGGCGAGGUUUGCUGCGUAUACCUUACGACGGGUUAUAUCGUCCGUUGGUGAAAAGUCGGUUUCGGGAAGGGGCCGCAGUGUGAGAGCGAACCCUUUCAACAAUUGUAAGUGGCGAUGGUUGUGUCUGGUGGGGCUCAUGAAUGACUAUUUGGAGCCCAAUCUGUUUCACGAGUUAAUUGCUGACUGUGAAAAGCGUGCGUCGCGACCAAAACAUGUGUCGCCUUUGUGGUACUUGGCCUGUCGGAUGCAGGUCUCUCUCAGCCCACGGGAGAUUGCUGCGGGUUUCAACAGUUGCCUGAAAGCACUUCCGGCAUGGUGGACAUCCAGCAGUUCCAUUUAUCAGGAUCACUUCCCCCACGAUUUUGGUGAGCUACCUAUGUCUGAGAUGUCUGCCCGCUUAAUUGCCUUCAGUUCCAGAGCUGCACAUUGGCUCGCAUCCGGACUUCCCAGAUUCCGUCUGACACCCAAAACAUGGUCGCGCACCCCAAAUCGUGAUGUUGUGGAUGUUUUUCACACGGUGCUUGGGCAGGUGAGAUUCAGCCAAAUGAUCAACUUAAUCAAACCAAAACUCUGUAAACUUGGCCACACCCCCCUAGUAAUCGGCCAAGCAACAGACAAGACCAUCAUGGAAGCCGUCCUCAAGUACGCAAAAGUGGAUCGAAGAUUGAGCCUCGCAUUCUGUAAAGCUUGGCAAUGUGAUGUAACGAGACCUGAUGGGACGACCUCGGACUCGUCCGGGGAUGAACCCCCGACAAAAAGAAAGAGCCUGAGUGGGGUUUAG